AUAUCCUUCUCUUUUUGUUAUAAAUGAGUAAAUAACCUCAUGAAGAAAAGAAUGAAUGUAAUUUUGAUUUUAAUCAAAAAGACCAAAUUACAUAACAAAUUCUCCUAUGGAAUCAAAGGCGUCGAUGCUUAAGACUUUGAAGCACAGUGAUUUCAAAGAGUGAUAUGUCUUCCUUGAACUGAUCUACGGAAAUCCCACAAAAGCCUCAGUUGUCAAAAGAAGAAGGAAAGAGAUGGGGAUACGAAGAUUACGUCUGCUUCAAGGGUUUGUGUUGUUGUCUGUGAUAGGGAAUUGUUGUGCGAGAUUUGUGGUGGAAAAGAACAGCUUGACGGUGACAUCACCGGAGAAGAUUAAGGGAACCCAUGAUAGUGCAAUUGGGAACUUUGGGAUACCUCAAUAUGGGGGAAGCAUGGCCGGUGCUGUGGUUUACCCUAAGGAGAACCAAAAGGCUUGUAAGAGUUUUGAUGAGUUUGGGAUUUCCUUUCAAUCCAAGCCUGGUUCUCUUCCUACUUUUGUUUUGGUUGAUCGUGGAGAUUGCUUCUUUGCUUUAAAGGUUUGGAAUGCACAGAAGGCUGGUGCUUCUGCAGUGCUUGUUGCAGAUAAUAUUGAAGAAGCAUUAAUAACCAUGGACACACCUGAAGAGGAUGGUUCAUCUGCCAAAUACAUUGAAAAUAUAACGAUUCCAUCUGCCCUGAUUGAGAAAACUUUUGGUGAAACUCUAAAGAAAGCAAUCAGUGGUGGGGAUAUGGUCAAUGUUAAUCUUGAUUGGCGAGAGGCUGUUCCACACCCUGAUGACCGUGUGGAGUAUGAGUUAUGGACCAACAGUAAUGAUGAAUGUGGAGUUAAAUGUGAUAUGCUGAUGGAAUUUGUGAAGGAUUUCAAGGGUGCUGCACAGAUACUUGAAAAAGGUGGCUAUACUCAAUUUACACCCCAUUAUAUAACUUGGUACUGCCCUGAGGCUUUCACCCUAAGCAGACAGUGCAAAUCUCAAUGCAUCAACCAUGGAAGAUAUUGUGCACCUGAUCCUGAACAAGAUUUUAGCUCAGGUUAUGAUGGGAAAGAUGUAGUUAUUGAAAACUUAAGGCAGCUAUGUGUUUUCAGAGUGGCAAAUGAGACCAGUAAGCCUUGGCUGUGGUGGGACUAUGUGACGGAUUUUCAAAUAAGAUGCCCCAUGAAGGAUAAAAAGUAUAACAAGGAAUGUGCAGAUGAUGUUAUCAAAUCUCUUGGGCUUGAUGGUAAAAAGAUUGAAAAGUGUAUGGGAGACCGCAAUGCUGAUGCAGAUAAUCCUGUUCUGAAAGAAGAACAAGAUGCCCAAGUGGGGAAAGGAUCUAGGGGUGAUGUUACUAUAUUGCCUACACUUGUUGUCAACAAUCGGCAAUAUCGAGGAAAGCUAGCCAAAGGUGCUGUUUUGAAGGCCAUCUGUUCUGGUUUUGAGGAGACUACUGAACCGGCUGUUUGUUUGAGCGGUGAUGUGGAAACUAAUGAAUGCUUGGAUAACAAUGGUGGCUGUUGGCAAGAUAAAAUAGCUAAUCUCACAGCCUGCAAGGAUACAUUUCGAGGGAGAGUUUGUGAAUGUCCCUUGGUUGAUGGUGUGCAAUUCAAAGGAGACGGCUACAGUCACUGCGAAGCUAGUGGGCCUGGAAGGUGCAAGAUUAAUAAUGGAGGUUGUUGGCAUGACUCACGAGAUGGACAUGCAUACUCUGCUUGUUUGGGUUUUGGAGAUGUUAAAUGCCAGUGUCCUCCAGGGUUUAAAGGUGAUGGCGUCAAAAGUUGUGAAGAUAUUGAUGAAUGCAAAGAGAAGAAAGCUUGCCAGUGCCCUGAAUGUAGCUGCAAAAAUACCUGGGGAAGCUAUGAAUGCUCUUGCAGUGGAGAUCUUUUGUAUAUCAGGGACCAUGAUACCUGCAUAAGUAAGAGGGGUACUGAAGUAAGAUCAGCAUGGGCUGCUGUUUGGGUCAUUUUGAUCGGCUUGGCAAUGGCUGGUGGUGGGGCUUAUCUUGUUUACAGAUAUAGAUUAAGGUCGUACAUGGAUUCUGAAAUAAGAGCUAUAAUGGCACAGUACAUGCCUCUGGAUAGUCAAGCAGAAGUUCCGAACCAUGUAAGUGAAGAUCGUGCAUGAAGAAGAAAACUCCUAAAUUUUCAUGGAGUUUGAUCACGCAGGGUUGAUCAAUUGGAUUUCAAGCAUGGUUGCUAUGGAUAUAUAAAAUGUAUCGGACAAUAACGAAAUGCACAAUAGAAGUGGCUAUUUGUUCGUUAUAACCGUAACAUGCUGAAAAGAGUUGAGUAGGGGAUCGACAAAGCCAUCAGGCGCAGAUCAUAUAGGAUCUGGUUGUAGCAUCUAAGAAUUUUCUUUCCAGAUUCUAAAUACCAAGUAUCUUUUGCCCCAUAAUUUAUAUGGCAAUUCUGUAAUUCAUUCCUUUAUGCCUUUUAGGUUAGCUGCCUGAACUUUUUCGUCUUACCCUAUUUUUAAGUUAAAAAGGAGGGCUCUAAAGGCGUGGUUCCUUUUUUUUUUUUUUUAAUUUUACUGAUGAUACCAUUUUCCUUUCUGCCAUUCCCACUUGCCCUAAUGCACCUGAAGAAAGAAACACUUAUGCUAGUUUUGGUUUCCCGAAUGAACAUUUAUGGGUUUUUUUUAAUCCAAAUAUCCAUUUCCGAAGUCAGUUGACAGAAGCUGAAGGCUUUUACGUGAAUGAGAGAACAUAUAUCAACAGCCAUUGAUUGAUGCUUCUUUUUAUGUUGGGAGCCUUCAAGGUCUAAGACUUAUAUAAUAUGUGGUAUUCGUGAAAUUGUCCAAAUCUAACCUAUCUGUUUGUGAGUUACAUAUAUGUUGCCCCAGCUUGUUCCUGAUCUUCAAAUAAAGUCUAAAAUUGCCUUCUUCACUUGGAUUAUUGCCAAGCUGCCAUUUCCCUGGUCUCAACUUGUUUGGCUGAGUUACUAACUAAUUGACUCGAUAA